GCCAUUCCCUACUCAGCUCUGGUUACCACUUUGGAUCCUAUCCCACUUUUCUUCUUUUCCUUCUCUCUCUCUAUAAAUAUAUAUACGUAUUGCUCCUUCCUUAUAUAUAUUCACGCAUAAUUUUUGCAGUUGUGUUAGAUCACAGUAGUCCAUCUUUUCUUUGUUCCUUUCAUUCUUCUUCUUCUUCUUCUUUGGAUUGAAAGCUUCAAUUUCUAGACAAACAUGUCGACCGGCGGGGCUGAAGCGGUGCCUGAGCAACUCUGCUACAUACCUUGCAACUUUUGCAAUAUCGUUCUUGCGGUUAGUGUUCCAUGCAGCAACCUAUUUGACAUCGUGACUGUCCGAUGCGGACACUGCACCAAUCUAUGGUCCGUGAACAUGGCGGCUGCAUUCCAGUCACUCUCCUGGGAAGAUGUUCAGGCAGCCAAUAAUUCUUCUGGAGAUUACAGGAUUGAGUUUGGCUCCUCCUCCAAAUGCACCAACAGGAUGAAAAUGCGAGCACCGCCAACCCCAAAUACCACCGAGCAACGGGCCGUGAAUCGACCUCCUGAGAAGAGGCAGCGGGUACCUUCUGCAUACAACCAGUUCAUAAAAGAGGAGAUCCAGAGGAUCAAGGCCAAUAAUCCAGAUAUCACUCACAGGGAAGCAUUCAGUACUGCUGCAAAAAAUUGGGCACAUUUCCCUCAUAUUCAUUUUGGGCUAAUGCUGGAGACCAACAACCAAGCUAAACUGGACGAGGGAUCUGGGAAGCAUCUAAUGCCAAGGGCUGCGUUACUGAACAAAUGAAAACGUUCGAUCUCCGAAUGACAUCCUAUCAAACUAAGAAGCGAAGAAUGCCUUAACCGUUAGUGUGCUUAUAGAACAUAAAAAAUUAUAUAUCCUUUCUUCAUUAUAUUUACAGGUUGUGUGUGAGAUUAAGAUAUCAUGCUACAUUUAUAAUGUCCUCUAUUUCUAAUUAAGUAAACUAUCAAUUCUCGUUGACAUUAUAUACAUAAUCAAUCCUCUA